AUGAAACAAAAUAUUAAAUCCCCUGCCCCAUUCGCAAUCACUGAAGAAAAAAACACUAUCGAGUCUAUUUUAAACCUUGUUAAACAUCAGACAUCAUAACUGAAGGAAUAGCAACUCCAAUAAAGCAACGAAAUUAAAUUGUUAAGUAAAGCCUUUAGGGAUUAAAAUUAAUCAAUUUUGUAAAGCCAAAAUCAAGAAUACUUCUCUUUAACAUCCAAGCUAAUUGAAGAAAUUGAAUCCGAUAAUUAUUUUCAACUGAAAUUGAAUCAAAUUUAAACUUACAAUAAGCAGCUUUAUAAUCUAAUUAAGGAUGUUUAAAAAGAAAUACCAUCUCAAUAUUAAUAACUUACAACUAUCAAUAGGAUAAUCAAUUUUUAUAAAUGCAUAUUCAAAAUCUCAAUUAAAUAAUUGAAUAAAGAUGAGAUGGCCAUCAUUUUUCAUUAGACUCUUGGGAACUCUGAUUUUGGGCAUCCAGUAAUAAUUUAAUUGAAGGAUACCAAAUAAUAAUAGAGGCAAUAGUUUUGGAACCAAUUUACAUCCUUGAUAUGA